AUGGGUUGGUUUUGGGCCGAUACUCCCGCUGCCCCUGCGGCCGCGAACACACCUCCAGCUUCCGGCUGCCCAGUCCCUCACGCUGCUCGCGCUGCUGCGGCUCCUCAUCCGACUGUGCAGGACGGCCAGACCCCACCGCCGCGAGGAGUCGUCCAUCCCCGCUCCGACGCCAACGAGAACUGGGAGUACCCGUCCCCGCAGCAAAUGUACAACGCCCUCCUGCGCAAGGGCUACCAGGACACCGACAUCACCGCCGUCGAGGAGAUGGUGGCCGUCCACAACUUCCUCAACGAGGGCGCCUGGGCCGAGGUCGUCGGCUGGGAGCAGCGGUUCGCCCACGGCCUCGUCAAGGGCUGGCAGACGUGCAAGCGCGGCGAGGAGAAUGGGCCCGAGCAAAUCGCCAAGAUCAAGGAGGCCUACGAGACGGAGCCGACUUUGAUUCGCUUCCAGGGCCGGCCCAAGGAGAUGACGCCCAAGGCUGCGUUUUGGCAGCUGCUGGGUCGUGUCUACCCUUCCAAGACCGAACCUCCCUUUGAUCGCCACGACUGGUACGUCGCCCGAAACGUCAACGGCCAACCCAAAGAAGUCCGCUACGUCAUCGACUACUACACCGGCCCUCCCGAACCCACCGGCGAACCCGUCUUCUACCUCGAUGUCCGUCCGGCCCUGACCCCCACCGGCGCUGCCGAGCGUCUGAUCCGCUGGAGUAGCGACGUUUGGUGGCGUGCUUCCGGCGGCGCCGUGAGGGAGGCCACUGCCCAGGGAAAGGCUUAA